AUGCAACUGAUGAAUCGUAUCUAGCCAGAUACAAAGAUGACCUUUGAGUUAGAAGAAUUUUUGUUUCACUAUAUAAAUGAGGAUGGACUAACAGUGAUGUGCAUGACUGAUAAAGCUAUAUAGAAGAAAAUAGCGUUUGCUUUCAUGCAGGAUGUAAAGAAAUAGCUUUUAGUAAGCUAUACUCUAAGAGAGCUCGAAAAUGCUAGAGCUUACUAGCUAACAACAUUUGCUGACAAACUAAGAGAAAAAACAAUUUAUUACAAUGGGAAUCCUAUAGCAAUUAAUGAUAAAACUGAUGAGCUAGUCAAGGAACUACACGGCUUAAAAGAUGCAAUGGUAGAAAACCUAGACAAACUAAUUGAAAGGGAUGGUAAAAUUGAAGUGAUCUUACAAAAGGCAGAGAGUUUAUCUACUUACUCUAAAACUUACAGAUAAAGGUUAAUUGGAUUUUUGAUUGCUGUUAUGGCUUGUGGAGGAUUUACAUUCGAUUCAUGCUGA